AAGCAAAAAAAGGUGAAAACGUAACCUCAAGCGCAGGUUAGUACACCGUUCCUUGAUUCCGUUGAAAUCGCGUCAGUGUCUCCUUCCCCUAAAACCCUUCCUAAACCCCCUUUUCUCUCUUCAAUCCCCGAUUCCCUCUCUCUGUGACACAAACAUUGGACUUUUCCAACCAUUUAUCUAUGUCAAAGGCGUUGAAGCUGAUCAAGGUGAAUGCGUCGAACCCGAAGGUAUGGGUUGUGGUGAUCGGCGUAAGUGUGGCGGGGAUUGUAAUAUUGGCAGAGACGCAGAGGCGGAAACGCAAUGCCAAAGCCUUGCUGAGUAAGGAUUUCGGUGCUUUCAUUAAGCGAUUCGAGAUUCUCCCCUUCCCUCAGCCUCCUCCUCCAGCCGCCAAGCAGACCCUUGCUGGCCUUACAUUUGCCAUCAGUGACAUCUUUGAUGUAAAGGAUUAUGUAACUGGAUUUGGGAAUCCAGACUGGGAAAGAACACAUGGGGAGGCUGACAAAACUGCAGUAGCGGUGACUGCUCUGUUGAAGAAUGGAGCUACUUGUGUUGGCAAGACUGUAAUGGAUGAAUUGGGGUUAGGAAUAUCUGGGGAAAAUAUGCAUUAUGGAACCCCCGUCAAUCCUCAAAUGCCUUCAUAUGUCCCUGGAGGUUCUUCGAGUGGUUCAGCCGUUGCUGUUGCAGCUGAACUUGUUGACUUUGCCCUUGGUUGUUGGAGGUCGCGGUUGCAUUUAAUAAAAUUAGUGUGUUCUGGGGAGAAAGAUCCAAGUACUGAUACAAUGGGAGGAUUGAGAAUUCCAGCAUCAUUUUGUGGUAUCCUUAGCUUUCGACCGUCGCAUGGGGCAAUCUCUACAAUUGGAGUUCUGCCAAAUUCACAGAGCUUAGAUACUGUUGGAUGGUUUACUCGUGAUCCAUCAAUUUUACAUCGUGUUGGACAUGCACUAUUGCGGCUGAAUGCAGUGGAACCUAGAAGGACAAGACGCCUUAUUUUUGCUGAUGAUCUGUUUCAGCUUUCAAAUGUUCCCAAGCAGAAGACAGCAUAUGUUGUUAGCAAAGCAAUCGAAAAUCUAUCUGGGUAUGAGCCUCCAAAGAAUAUGAAUUUUGGUCAGUAUAUUGCUUCAAAUAUUCCAAGUUUAAAAGGUUUUCAUGAACCAUCAGCCACUGUACAUAAUGGAACAUCAGCUUUGAGAGCUCUAUCUUCUGUGAUGGUUUCACUACAAAGAUAUGAAUUCAAAACCAACCAUGAAGAAUGGAUUAAAUCAGUCAAACCCAGGUUAGCAUCUGAUGUCUCUGAAUAUGUUCUUGCAGCAGUUAACUCUGCGCCUGGGUACAUCAAAGGUCUGUAUAAAGUCAGGACUGAGAUGCGAGCAGCUCUUCAAAGUUUACUGAAGGAUAAUGGAAUAUUGGUAAUUCCAACAGUUGUGGAGUCCUCAUUGAAGCGUAAUUCAAAGAGAGCUUAUUCCACUGAAUUUCGUGAUCAAGCUUUGGUUCUAUUGAGCAUUGCUAGCGUGUCUGGUUGCUGUCAGGUGACAAUUCCUUUGGGUAAGCAUGGCGAGUGUCCCAUAUCUGUUUCAUUGAUAUCGUACCACGGGGCAGACAAAUUUCUACUUGAUACCUUGUUGGACAUGUACUCACCUCUUCAAGAGCAAGUAGGCAUUGUGUCCAAAUCAGCAGUAUUGCCAGACACCAAUGGAAAUAUGGAUGCUUCUGAGCUCCUGAAAGAGAAGACCAACCAAAGUGGGAUUUACGAUUUACUAUGCUAUCAGUGAUUCAUGCUCAAGAGGUACGUGUGUGGGAACUUUUUGGAUAAGGUCUUAUGGGCUAGAUUCCUUGAGCCCAUUUAUUAAAAGCUCUUAGUGGUGUGGACAUAAAUCUUUCCAUGUGAUCUACAAAUGUGGUGUUGGAUUUUUGUCAUGUAGGACUCGGUGAAUUUGCAUGGCUUAGUCAUCUAUCUAUCCUUUAUUUUCCUUCAGUUUUUAAUGCCAGGUAGCAUGCAAGUGAUUGAAGAUGUUUCUUACUUUAUAUUAUUAAGAGAAGAAACAAGGAAAAUCAUUGAAGUAAGAUGGAAGCCUGAGUUAUUUGUGCUAUCCGUUUAUCUUCAAUUUUAUCACUUUCAACUUUGCUUGAAUGCAGUUGAAGGAUCGUUGUAUCAAUGUCUCUUCAGUCAUAUUAAUCAAUUUGACUUGAUAAAAUUCUCAUUGGGGGACUUCAAAUUCUUAUGCUAUUCCCAUUUACAUACUUGUGCUGGUUUUCUUCACAACCUCUUUUCACUUAUUCAUCUAGGAGGGUCUUUUGCAGCGGGCUAUUUACAAAAAUCUGGCUUUUGGUUGCUUCAUGUAUCUAUCUGCCAUGUGUUCUCAUCGCAGUGUAAAUGAUUUCUCAGAUGAUUGCUGUUAAAAGUUACCACUCCUAUGUGAUGCGCUAGAUCAUACCAUUUUGCUUGCACUCUGAAGCUACACCUAUGUCGAUUUGAAGAAAGAAAAUGCAUAAGAAAGAGAACAAAAUGGCUGUUGUAAGCUUUUUUAUAAUUCUGAUGACCAGCUA